UUUUAAAAAAAUUUCAUUAAACUUAUUUCUUUCCUCACCAGACAACUCCAUCCAAACAUAGUGUACCUGUAACUGACACACACUCGACUCGACGAUUUCAGUGUUGAACACCGUCAAGCCGGAGAGAUCCAGAUCCGAAUUUACGAAAAUGGGAGCUGGUAAGGAAGUGGAUUGUUCUAGUUCGAGUCUGUGGCUCGCACCCAAUCCAAGCAAGAGAUGGGGCGAAUUGUUCUUCCUUCUCUACACUCCCUUUUGGCUCACUCUCUGCCUCGGCAUUGUCGUCCCGUACAAGCUAUACGAGGUUUGUUUACGUAUUUGUGCAUAUGAUAUGAACGUUUAUGUGUUUGCGAUGAAACAAGUUGAUAGAAGUUUAUGUUGGAAGGAUCGUUAUUGGGUGAAGGCCAGUGUCUGGAUAAUAAUUUUCAGCUAUGUUGGAAAUUACUUCUGGACCCAUUAUUUCUUCACGGUUUUAGGAGCUUCAUAUACCUUCCCAUCAUGGAAGAUGAAUAAUGUACCGCACACAACUUUUCUUCUUACGCAUGUUUGCUUCCUAUUUUACCAUGUUACGUCAAACAUAACACUGCGCAGACUGCAACAUUUUAUUGCUGACUUUCCAGAGAAAAUUCAGUGGGUUAUCAAGGCAGCAUGGAUUCUAGCUCUUUCUUAUUUCAUAGCUUACCUGGAGACGGUAGCUAUUUCCAAUUUCCCAUAUUAUGAAUUUGUGGAUCGAUCAUCCAUGUAUACAGUCGGCUCCUUGUUCUAUGCAAUUUAUUUCAUUGUAAGCUUCCCAAUGUUUUUGAGGAUCGAUGAGAAACCUGGCGAUCCAUGGGACCUACCCAGAGUGGCCGUUGAUUCGUUGGGUGCUGCAAUGCUUGUCACGAUUAUACUUGACUUGUGGCGCAUCUUUCUAGGUCCCAUCGUUCCUGUUCCAGAUACAAAGCAAUGCCUCCAACCAGGUCUGCCAUGGUUUCCAGGACAUGCCAAAGAAUGAGUCUACAUGUGCAGAGAACUCAAGGACAUGUAAAAUUCCCUCAGUGUAACUGUAGUUUGGGUCUCAUGUUGUUCGUGGUGUAACCCUAAUUAGAUUGUUGUUGUACACUACCAAAUUCAGCAUCUCCUGAACAAAGGCGACAAACGGAUAUAUUUACCAUUGUGAGUUUGUGAUUGAGCAUUGUGAGUUUGUGAUUGAGCAAAUGUUUUCACUUGUGCGAGUAUGAUUUUUGUGAUUGACAACUCCAGAUCAACUUGUUUUGUCAAUUCAUUUGGAUUAGUAAGCGGGGUCAUGAUUUUCCAAUCUUUUUUUA